AUGAACACAGCCGACAAGUUCCCCACAACGGUUUUGCACAGCGAGGACCUCGCGGAGAAGAUAAUCGACGUCAAGUCCACCAUCAGGUUCAGGCUGCGCAAGAACCUCUGCAUUGCCAUGGCCAUUGGUAAUGUGGACAUGACCACGGAGCAUUUGGUGGCCAACAUCAUGAUCACCAUCAACUACCUGGUGUCAUGCCUCAAGAAGGGAUGGUCCAACGUCAACAGCACUGUCAUCAAGUCGACCAUGUCGCGUCCCCGUUAUCUUUUCUAA